AUGCAGACAGCGUAUAAUGUUAUCGCUUACAAGGAUAAACCACGCCUGUGGACUGCUGUGGAAAUGCUCCGAACAACUGAAGAGAUAGAACGUCGACUGGAAGAGGUCUCUCUUCCACUAUUAAUCCUACAUGGAGAGGCUGAUAUUGUAACUGAUCCAUCUGUAAGUAAGGCCCUGCAUGAGAAAGCAAGCAGUUCUGACAAGAAACUCAUCCUUUACAUGGAUGCAUAUCAUUCCCUUUUGGAGGGUGAGCCAGAUGAAAUGAUAGUUCGAGUUUUUGGUGACAUCAUUUCAUGGCUCAAUGAGCACAAAAAGGGUAGGGGAACAAAGGGGAAAGGAGCAUUGGAUUGGAUGCGUCUAUUGUGA